AUGGCCUCAUUCUCCAAGACGCUCCGCGAUGCCUAUACGGGGAAAUGGGACGCAUCGACCUCGCAUCGUUUUGUGAGGGACCUGUGGACCGGCACUGUCCCCGAAGCAGUGAUGCGUCGGUAUUUGAGCCAGGACUACCUAUUCGUAGACGCCUUCGUGGCGCUCAUGGGCGCAGCGGUGAGCCACUCGGACUCACCCGGUGCGCGGCUCGCAAUUGCGCGGCAGCUCGGUAUGGUGGCCAGUGACGAGGACGGGUACUUUGUCCGUGCGCUCACCCGCCUCGAUCCCAAGUUCAAGCCGACUGCCGCGUCGCUGGAAGCUUUGGUCGGCCACUCGAGUUACACGCCCCACGCAGCUACGGCGGGCUUCCUACACCUCAUGGACGAGGCACGCUCAUCGUACGCUGCCGCGCUCACAGUCCUCCUCGUCGCCGAGUGGCUUUACCUCGACUGGGCGACCUCCGAAACCCCUCCGCCUGACGACUGGUUGUAUGCCGAGUGGAUCGAGUUGCACCGCGGCCCAGCGUUCGAGGCGUGGGUCCAGUUACUGCGGGACGAGUUUGACCGCGUGGCCGCCGCGGCUGGAGACGAGAUGCGCAAGGAGAUGGAAGGAAUGUUUGCACGUGCGGUCAAGCUCGAGCUCGACUUUUUCGACGCCGCCUACGAGUAG